CACCGAGCGGCUCCACCGCGCAGCCGCAGAAGGCGUUGGCGCGCCAGCACGCAGCCGCAGAGGGAGCGAACGGGUCUGCGCAGCCGCAGAGGGAGCCGGCGGCCCCGGUACGAGUUCGGCCCCGGCUGUUUUGCGGCCAGCCUGAGACGGCUAGGGCCAGGCGGGUCUCGUCCCCGCACCCCUUACGCAGGCGGGUGAAGUUAGCUCCGCUGCGCCGCCAGGGCUGCUCCCCUAGGCCGCCGCCAUCAUGCUGCUGCCCGUGUUCACCCUGAAACUGCGCCACAAAAUCAACCCCCGCAUGGUGGCCAUAGGGCGCUUCGACGGGACUCACCCGUGCCUGGCGGCUGCCACCCAAGCGGGCAAGGUUUUUAUUCACAAUCCUCAUACACGGAGCCAGCAUUUCAGUGCAUCGAGGGUCUUCCAGAGCCCCCUGGAGUCUGAUGUUUCUCUUCUCAACAUUAACCAGACAGUCAGCUGUCUGACCGCAGGAGUAUUGAACCCUGAACUUGGUUAUGAUGCUCUUUUAGUCGGGACACAGACUAAUCUUUUGGCUUAUGAUGUCUGUAGUAAUUCAGAUUUGUUCUAUAGAGAGGUAGCAGAAGGGGCAAAUGCAAUUGUGCUGGGGACAUUGGGAGACAUUUCCUCUCCUCUUGCAAUUAUUGGUGGAAAUUGUGCUCUGCAGGGAUUUGAUCAUGAAGGAAAUGAUCUCUUUUGGACGGUUACCGGAGACAAUGUUUAUUCCUUGGCCUUGUGUGACUUUGACGGUGAUGGGAAAAAAGAGCUUCUUGUUGGAUCUGAGGAUUUUGACAUUCGUGUUUUUAAAGAAGAUGAGAUUGUAGCAGAAAUGACAGAAACAGAGAUAAUCACCUCUCUUUGUCCCAUGUAUGGCAGUCGAUUUGGUUAUUCCCUUUCCAAUGGCACAGUUGGAGUUUAUGACAAGACAGCCCGAUAUUGGAGAAUUAAAUCCAAAAGUCAUGCUGUGAGCAUCUAUGCUUUUGACCUUAAUUCUGAUGGAGUGAAUGAACUGAUAACUGGUUGGUCCAAUGGGAAGGUCGAUGCUCGGAGUGACCGGACUGGGGAGGUCAUCUUUAAGGACAACUUUUCUUCUGCAAUUGCUGGUGUGGUAGAGGGAGAUUACCGGAUGGAUGGCCACAUACAGUUAAUCUGCUGCUCAGUGGAUGGGGAAAUCCGGGGCUACCUCCCAGGCACAGCUGAGAUGAGAGGGAGCCUCAUGGACACCAGUGCAGAGCAGGACCUGGUCCGAGAGCUGAGUCAGAAAAAACAGAAUCUGUUGCUGGAACUGCGUAACUAUGAGGAAAAUGCCAAGGCUGAAUUGAGCAGUCCACUGAAUGAGGCUGAUGGGCAUCGGGGCAUAAUCCCAGCCAAUACCAAGCUCCACACUGCCCUCUCAGUCAACCUGGGGAAUGAGACUCGAGCUGCUCAUGUAGAAUUGUGCAUUUCCACUUCUAAUGACACCGUCAUUCGAGCAGUAUUGAUUUUUGCAGAGGGAAUUUUUAAAGGUGAAAGCCACGUGGUACAUCCCACCAUUCACAACCUAUCCAGCUCCAUCCGCAUCCCAAUUACACCGCCCAAAGAUGUCCCUGUGGACCUGCACUUGAAAACGUUCGUGGGUUACAGAAGCAGCACCCAAUUUCAUGUAUUUGAAUUGACAAGACAGCUACCCCGAUUCUCCAUGUAUGCACUGACCAGCCCAGACUCUGCCAGUGAACCACUCAGUUAUGUUAAUUUUACUAUUGCAGAACGGCCACAGAGGGUGGUUAUAUGGCUCAAUCAGAGCUUUCUGUUACCAGAAGAUACUAACAUUCAGAAUGCUCCAUUUCAAGUGUGUUUCACAUCCUUACGGAAUGGUGGCCAACUGUAUAUAAAAAUAAAACCUAGUGGAGAGAUCACUGUAAGUACUGAUGACAUUGACUUGGCUGGUGAUAUAAUCCAGUCAAUGGCAUCAUUUUUUGCUAUUGAAGACCUUCAGGUAGAAGCGGAUUUUCCUGUCUACUUUGAGGAAUUACGAAAGGUGCUAAUUAAGGUGGAUGAAUAUCAUUCAGUGCAUCAGAAACUCAGUGCUGACAUGGCUGAUAAUUCUAAUCUGAUCCGAAGUUUGCUGGUCCGAGCUGAGGAUGCUCGUCUGAUGAGGGACAUGAAGACGAUGAAGAGUCGCUAUGUGGAACUCAACGACCUUAAUAAAGACUUGCUAAAUGAAUAUAAAAUUCGCUGUAACAAUCACACAGAGCUAUUGGGAAGCCUCAAAGCAGUAAAUCAAGCAAUUCAAAGAGCAGGUUGUCUGCGCGUUGGAAAACCAAAGAACCAGGUGAUCACUGCUUGUCGGGAUGCAAUUCGAAGCAACAACAUCAACACACUGUUCAGAAUCAUGCGGGUGGGGACAGCUUCUUCAUAGAACAGGAAAGGAUAAUGGAGUUCCUGGAAAAGACUUUCCCUUAAAAAUCUAAGCUGGUGUGCUUUGAAUCAUCCUGGUGAACCCAGGGUACUAAGAAUGAAAACAGCCUUGGUGAGUUGUAAAAUUAAAGACAAAGCAUUACAUCUGAAGAAUAUACUCACUUUCUAUUUUUAAAUCAGUGGUACUAUUGCUGAAUAAUACUAGGAUUGUAUGGAGGAGGAACACUUUUGAAAUGGUAGGACUUUAAGUCUAGUUUUUGUUUAUUUAUGUAAAGUUGGUGUAUAAAUACGUAUUUUUUCUUGAAACUGUAAUUGAAUUUGUAAUCUUCAAAUAGAUUAUCUACUUUUUCAUUAAAAUUUAAAGGUAUUGAA